AGCGCUCAAUAAAUAUUUGUUAUGUGGAUGAAUGAAGAAUGUCAGUAAUGUUUUUGAUACUGAGUCAGCAUUUGAUGAAAGUUCUUCCAUCUUGCUUUAUUUCCUUAGCUUGAAUCUGGUCCUGAAUCUGCCUGCUUCUUCUUUGAUUAAAUAUGAAGAUGAUAUCAGAUGGCCCCAAUCUGACUGUGGCUUUGUGCUUCAGAAUUGGAAUCUUUCUUAUCUAUAACUCACAUUUUCUGUUUGUGAAUUCCAGAAUCAGGGCUAUAAUUUCAACUGCAGACUUGUUCUAACAGUACUCCCCCUUUUUAACUUGUGAUUAUCAUAAUGAUAAUGAAAAAAAAUAAAAUGGAAUAAGCCUUGCUAAGAGAGGCACUUAAAAUAGAGUCAGGAGGCUAUGAAGGAAGUGGGGCCCCUAGAGUCUGGUAGGAGGGACAGGGGGGUGGUGAGCGGUAAGGCAAAUUAGAGGCAGUCUUGUAAUUAAUGCUAAAGAAUGUGGACUUUAUUCUAAAUGUGAGAUCCCAGGAAGGAGUGGUAUGACCGGACUUGGAUUUAAGACCAUUCUGACUAGUGUGAAGGGAAAGGAGGUGCCCAGUAGGAGGCCACUGUGAUGAUCCAGGAUAAGAGAUCCUGGUGACCUGAAGGAGGGUCUGUCAGGCGCUGGGAAUGAGCGACAUGGACAGAUUUGAGAUAAACUUAGGUGGUAAACCUGACAGAAUGUAGGAUGGGUUGAUGCCUUCCUAAGGGAGAAAGAGAAUGAAGGUAGCCAGGAUGGCUUGGCACCAUUCAUCAGGAAGGAAUAGAGGAGGACAAACAGGCCAAUGACAUCUGCUUGGAGCCUGUUGGAUGUUGAGAGUACAGGAAGGACAUUCCAGGAAGAAGAAGCAAGAGGCCUUGCGAGGCUGCGCUCCUGCGCGCUCCUGCUCCAGAUCCAGCUCCCUAGACCGCGGAGGUGCCAUGAGCGGCGGAACUGCCUUGUGUGAGUGCCCGUUCACGGUGUGCAGGAGCCUGCACCCCGACCACCUGUGGAUCUGGCGGCCCAACGUGUUUGUGGACGAGAAUGAUCGCACCUGGCUGCCCAUCAUCAACGAGACAGAAAGCAGCCUCCAAGUCCUCAUGCGCCAGAUCAAGGUCUCCAGCGGGGAGGCCAUGCAGCCCAGCCAGCUGCCCCCCAGCAUGCUGCCCCUCAUGUGGCAGCUCUACCCUGGCAGGCGGUACCGCGCCUCCGACUCCAGCUUCUGGCGCAUCGUGUACCACAUCGAGAUCAGUGGCGUCGAGGACAUGGUCCUUGAGCAGCUGCCAGACCCAUAGCACAAGCCGCGCGUGGUCCUGCGGUUCCUGUUCCUGUGCCCUGAGCCGCAGUCCCGGUGGCCUGCAGUGGGGAUGUCCAUGCUUCUGUGUUCCUUUUUACCAGCCCUGUUGUUCUGUCUGCCACCCCCGCCGGAGGGCGCAGACAGCAGGGGAUGAGCCCGCCCAGGGCCCGCGGGAACCUGCCUGCAUCCCCCUCGGCCUCCCCGGCAGAUUGGCCGGAGAGAGCGCGGCUCCAAGUGCCCAGGCCCUGUCCCUGGUUCUCUGAGCUGCCUGCUGGUUUGUGGCCGCGCUCUCUCUCUGUGUCCCUCCCUCCCCAGUCACUCAUGUUCUGUGCUACCCACGGGGAUACUUCUCGUUCUCCUCCCUCAGCUCUGUGCGCCUCUGGCUGCAAGGCAGCGGGGCCUACACGCCUGAGCCCAGGCCAGGCCCCGAGGCCCUGAGUUAACUCUCUCGUGGCGUGUGCCUGCUCACGACCAUGCCUGCAAAGUCCCACCUGCCACGCAGGUUUACGCACAGCUCACGGGAAGGCCUAGAGGAGCCGGGCUCCGUGCUCAGCACUCAGAAGCUUUCGGGUCAAGCGUCCACAGCCCCUGACCUCGCAGGAGGUCAGGCCAGCAAGCCCCCCUGUAGGACAGAGGUCGGAAGUCCCCCCUUUUAUAGGCACCCACACCCCUGGAUGUUAUGAGGUUGUAUGUAGCAUGAACACUUUGUAAUAUUGAUCGAU